AUGGAUUAUAAGUCGGGCAGAAGACUGUUCACUCACCCUGAUGAAAUCCAGUCGUCCUUGUCGCGUCAGAGAUGGCCUCGGUUUCCUCUGGCUCACUCCCACCCUGUCGUUGAGACUGCUGGUCCAUCUCAGCAAGCAAACUCUUAUCGUUAUGAGUCAGCUCUGGACGACUCUGCUCAGGCGUAUCGCACGACUGCUUUGCGCCACUUGAGUGAAAGUUCCAGGCCCCUCUCUUGGAGUCACCGACAAGUAACUCAAACUAACGGUCGCCAUUCGACUUCACCCUCGCAGCCCGUCCUGGUUCGGGCCUAUUCCGGCGGCCCCGGGGAUAGUACGAAAACGUCAAAGAUGUCCCUACGGCGGUCGUUCCCAUUCGCAGGCCGCGCUGAAACCCCAAGACGAGGGCCAGAGCUUCCUUCAGACGAGGACUUCAGCAUCGAUGGCAUCCUACGGGCUAUUGAACCAAAUAUUCGCCAUACAUUGGAUUCAAUUGGGGAGAUCUGUGGGCGGAGUAAGCUCAGUUUAGCCAACGAAUAUGGUAGCCAUAUAGCACCGCUAGGCGAAAUCCGGGCGCCACCUGGUGGUCUAAUGCCCGUGGAUGAAGCUAGCUCGGAACAUGAAAGACAGGCCACCGACAAUGUGGUUAUUUAUGAUGAUGACCAUAGUGUUAUGGACGGGAGGGACCAUCCAUCAUCCAUGCAAUUUGGGCUCAUGGAGAAUGCCCGGCACAGUACAGGACCUCGUAACGCAGGAUUUCCAUCAAUGCCAUCAUUUUAUGGUGGAGACGGGUCGUCUGUUCAAGUACACCCUGACACUCCACGAUCCAUGGGCUUUAGUACGACCGUGGAUUCAGAAUCCGCGCUGGGGCCACUUCCUACAACACGAGAAAUCGCAUCUAGGCCAAAGUCAUGCGGUCGGGUAUUGCUAGCAACGGAUGCUGAAUCGGGCACUGACGAUCGAAGACGACUUAUUCAAACACCGGCCCUUGUGUCUGAGGUUCUUCUCGAUGCCCAGGCCGAUGGACAUACUUUGGGAUCGGAAUCUCAUGUCAUCCAAAGCCAACCGCUUUUCGGAAACAGCCUGGAUCUUGAUGUAGUGCGAAGACGUUGGAGUUUGCCGGCGGUAGGAAUAUCUUUCUUGACGGAAGUCUUCGGUUGGCUGAAAUAUGCUGUGCGCGAUGGGUCGGAUUUUGGUCAAACCCUGCCAACAGCUGAGAUGAGGCUGCGCGCGAUGCUUGCGCGACAGCAGGACCCGGAAACGUCCGGAGUAUAUGCAAAUGAUGAUUAA